AUGGCCCAACAAGCGCCGCGCGCAGAAGAGGUGCUAGCACUCAUUGAUGCCGCUCCGGGUGGCGAGAUAAGCGACUCGCGCACCAUAUCUCCGGUACAGCCAUGCGGCCUGGAAGAGUCGCUCGCUCGAAUCGAGCAGAGCACGUCUGCAGAGCAGGAUCAGCAGGCGCUUGCCGAAGAAGAUGCCAUGCACAAGGCAGCUGCGCAGUGGCAGCUUGGGCUCCAGGGCACUCUGUUGAGCCUUCAAAGCAAGGAGAUGAUCAAGUUUUCCAACGUCGAUGCACAGCCGCUCUUCCUCACUCUGGACGGGCGCGAAUGUGUGCGUCUAGGCUCACCGGAAUACCGCCUGUGGUCGUUGCUCCCUGCGUCCACCGAGCAGGGCAUUGCACAAGCGGAGCUAGUGGACGCACUGGGUGCGGAUACAUUUAAGCAAGCACAGGCGCGUGCAUUCCGCAACAAAAUCGCUUGCCGGCGCCCGGAUGGCAGCUUUGCGCGCACGGAAGCGUUUGCCAAUGCGCUCACCGAUGACACACGUCUUGAGCUGCGCGAGAUUGCCAAGACAGGCGGACUCAAGGACGAGAAAAAGGUUGUUGAGCUAAAGAAACGCAAGAUGCUGGGAAACCGCAAGCUGCUCUAUUUUAGCAUUACCAAGGGACCUGCUUUCGCGCUUACCAUCCAGAAACUGGAAACGGAUUUGACGGCAGAUAUGCUGGCCACAGGCUCGUGGAAAAAUGCUGAUUUUAAGGGGUACAACUUUAACGCCGAAGGCGCCGUACCUACAGCGGGCGCAUUGCAUCCUCUCUUGAAAGUCCGCCAAGAGUUCCGCAACAUUUUCUUCGAGAUGGGCUUUACUGAGAUGCCUACAAAUCGGUUUGUUGACUCGAGUUUCUGGUGCUUUGACUCGAUCUUUGUCCCACAGCAGCACCCUGCGCGCGAUGUCCAAGAUACAUUUUUCGUCGCGGACCCGCCGGCCGCGCAGGAACUCCCAGAGGAGUAUCUGAAGCGCGUCGUUGAGGUGCACGAGAAGGGCGCAUUUGGAUCAAUUGGCUACCGCUACCCUUUCGAUCGCGAGGUCACCGAAAAGCUGGUCCUGCGCACACACACGACGGCCGUCUCGGCUGCGAUGCUGUACGCAAUUGCGAACCAGCCGGGUGGGUUCAGGCCCGCGAAGCUGUUCAGUAUUGACCGUGUCUUUCGCAACGAGUCGACCGACGCCACACAUCUCGCCGAAUUCCAUCAAGUAGAGGGAGUGGUCGCGGACUACAGCCUCACGUUGGGCGACUUGAUUGGGUUCAUGGAGGUUUUCUUUGCCAAGAUGGGUGUCAACAAUUUGCGUUUCAAGCCUGCCUAUAAUCCAUAUACCGAACCGAGCUUGGAGAUCUUUUCCUACCACGAGGGGCUCAAGAAGUGGGUCGAGAUUGGCAACAGCGGCAUGUUCCGCCCUGAGAUGCUGCGCCCGAUGGGGAUUCCCGAGGGAGUCAACGUCCUUGGCUGGGGACUCAGUCUGGAGCGUCCUACCAUGAUUCGAUACGGCAUCAAGGAUAUCAGGCAUCUUGUCGGCCAUCGCGUUCCAUUGACCAGCACCGAGAAAGCAGCUGCUGUGCGCUUUUAG